CUGCUGCAUAUUUUGAACCCCUCUCAAAUCCUUCUAUCGAUGGCAUUAUAGAACUAAUCACUGCCUUUUUAAACUCACAACGUCUCUUUUUAUUCUCGUAUACAAAACCCCGAGUUAGUUGAUUCCCCAGGAAGCGUUUUUGUACGCUGCCUGAGACUCUCGAAAGCGAUGGAUGGGAUCUCACUAGCCUUGGCAGUCGUCAGUCUCUUCAGCACCUGCUUGGAUGUGCUGGAAAAAUACGAUGACUGGAAGGACUUUGGUGAUGAUUCCAGUGUCCUGCUGGCCCGGUUCAAUUCCACAAAGCUACGCCUGAAACAAUGGGGCCAGGCUGUCGGGAUUGAGGGACAGACGCUUCUAGAAAGCCACCAUAAGAGCCUUGAUGAUGCGAAUAUAUUGCUGAUCAUUAAAAAACAUCUUGCUGUUAUCCAAAAGGUUUAUGGUGGUAACAGGCCAUCAUUGAAGUCGAAGAGAGACCGGAUCGCCUGGGCACUAAGGGACAAGCGCAAGCAGUUCUCCCAGGUUGAACAGUUUGGAUUGUUGGUGGACGAUCUGCAUGAUAUCGUGCCUCCUAAUAGAGAGUCUGCCAAUGACACCAAGCAACCCUCUGGAUAUCUUGCUCGUGGGACCACUCGGGACUCUGAGUUUGAUAGAAUUCUAGCUAGGAUAGAGGAGGAGAUAGAGGCCGAGACGCGACGCGAGAUGAAUAAGUGGCUUCUUGGUGGCCAGACCCCGGAUGAGUCGUAUGGCAGAUUGACGAAAGAAAGAGUUGAUGGAACUUGUGACUGGAUCUUCGACCGCACCUUCUUCAAUGACUGGUGCUCAUCUGAGUUCAGGGAUGAUUCGGCAAAGAUUCUCUGGGUCAAUGGCCCAGCAGGAUUUGGCAAGUCGGUUCUGUGUGCAAGAGUGAUGGCCCAUCUUUCCUCUACCUUGAAGACUCCGAUAGUGUGCUUCUUCUUCUCGUCGGACUUUGCGACACGCACGGAUCCGUUUGCAGCAAUAAGAUCAUGGCUAUCGCAAGUAAUGACCUACCCACAAGCCUAUGCCUUGGUGGAGCAAAGAUGGGCCAGCCAAUCCCUCCCAGUAGCCACCCGAACAGAUAUCGUCACUCUGCUUGGAGAUAUUGCUCAGACGAUACCUGGAUGCACCUUCAUACUUGACGGUCUCGAUGAAUGCACAUGGAUGGAAACAGGUCAAUACGCUAACCAGGAUACUGUGAGUGGAUUCUUGGAGGCGGUCUUCAUCGCGGUCAAAGAUUCAAAAUCACGGUUGAUGGUUGUUAGCAGAGACGAACCGGAAAUUCGACAAAGCUUCGCUGGUAAUGAUUGUUGGUUUGCCGAGCACAAGAUAUCACCCGACGAUGUACGACCUGAUAUCACGGUGUAUGCUCGAAGGAUGGUCAACAUGAAACUAUCCAAAAAGCCAGAGAUAAUGAAGUCAUCUCUGUCUCAGAAAAUGGCUGAUCGCUCCAAUGGCCAAUUUCUAUGGCUGAAGUUCCAACAAGAAUCUUUGACAGCCGGAAAGAACCAGAAACAGCUUGAAAGGGCCAUUGAUGAAACUCCAACUCAGCUCGAAAGUGUAUACAAACGUAACUGGAUCAGAAUAUCCCAGCUCUCGGAGUACGAUAGAACCAGGGCAUGUUCAUUGCUUCGCUGGGUUGCCUUUGCCUUGCGCCCACUGACAGUCAGCGAAAUCACAGAGGCUGUUCUCAUUAACGAUGAUUUCGAAGACUUUCCAGUGGAUGAAUUACCGGAGGAAAUUGACGAUGAUUACAUUAAUACGGAGAUAAUCGGUCUCUGUGGAUCACUCCUCGAGGUGAGACCCUUUCAAUCAGACACAUGUGCCAGAUCAAGUACGAUACGUCUACCGCAUUUCUCCGUCAAACAAUAUCUACUGAAGAUCUUUUCUGCCGAGGCACAAGCCAGGACUGUGAGUAACGGUUUAAAGCCUUCCACGGAGACAUUCAUAAACGAUCUGCUAGCUAGAUGUUGUCUUCGCUAUGUGGACUUUGAAAGAGUCUGGGAAGACAGAUCUGAGACUGAGCUGAAUAAUGGGACCUGGUCAUUUCGAAGUUAUGCAGUAGAUAUGUGGUAUAAACACGCCACGGUGAGCGGCCAGGUUAAUUUAGAGGUCCAGGAGCUCAUCCACAAACUCUUUGAACUAAACAAUCCGAACUGGCAUUCGUGGAGAAAGUGGUAUGAUCGAGACGUCCCAAAGCUGGAAAAUAUCAAGCAUGGGAUUCAAGCCACACCUGAUUAUGGAAUUAUAUGCUAUGCAGCCCGGCUUGGGCUGUAUUCAACCGUUGAAUUUCUGAUAACGGAACGCAAUUAUGACCCGAACGAAAUGGAUCUGCGUGGCUAUACAGCGCUGACAGUCGCAUCCCUUGAAGGAAACCUGAAGAUAGUGAAUCUGCUAUUGGAGAAGCAAGCAGACUUCAAUGCGGCAAACCGAGACACACGGACACCACUGCUUCUAGCAUCAUGGAAAGGACAUGAAAAGGUGGUGAAGCAGCUACUUGAGAAGGGGGCAGAUAUCCAUGGUGCAACGUCACGAGGAUUGACCCCACUGCAUUCUGCGUCAUGGAAUGGCCAUGUGAAGGUGGUGAAAUAUCUUCUAGAGAAGGGAGCAGAUGCCACCUUUCAAGGUGAAGACGGAGGAACACCACUAUAUCAAGCGUCCAGUCGUGGCUCUGUUGAGAUUUGCAAGUUACUACUGGAAGAGAAAGCAGAUGUUAAUAUUGGAUGCAACAACGGUUGUACACCACUACACGUAGCUUCAUCCUGUGGCCAUGUUGAGGUUUGCAAGUUACUGCUGGAAGAGAAAGCAGAUGUUAAUGUUAGAUGGAAUAACGGUUGCACACCACUACACGAAGCUUCAUCUAAUGGUCAUGUCGAGACUUGCAAGCUACUGUUGGAGCAAAAGGCACAAUUCCUUGCUGAUAACGUGGGCCGCACGCCACUCUACCUAGCCUCACAGGAGGGCCAUGGGCAAGUUGUCAAGCUUCUUCUUGAUUGUGGCGCGGACCCUGCAAUUGCCGGUAGUGGUGGAUGGACGCCGGUCAAUAUUGCCUCAAAGAAUGGCCAUAUUGAUAUCGUCAAUCUACUUCUGGACCAUGGUGCAGACAUUACAAUUGCUGAUAAUGAUGGCUGGGUUCCAAUCAUGAUUGCGUCGCAGAAUGGCCAUCUAGAAGUUAUCAAACGUCUUCUUGAAUAUAAUGCUGAUAUCAGCAUUACCAACAAUGCAGGAUGGACACCAUUGAAUUUAGCUUCAUCUCACGGUCAGCUUGAGGCCGCCAAAAUACUCCUUAAGAAUGGCCCAGACCUGGUGAAUGCUAUGAAUCAUGAUGGAUGGACCCCAAUAAACUCUGCCUCAGAGCAUGGCCAUGUGGAAGUUAUUAGGGUACUUCUUCAUAACGGGGCAGAUAUUACAAUCCCUAAUAUUAGUGGAUGGGUCCCAUUGGGUAUAGCUUCAACUCAUGGUCGCCUUGGGGCUAUUAAACUACUUCUUAAACAUGGCCCAGAACUCAUCAAUACUGCAAAUAAUGAAGGAUGGACCCCAUUGAACUCAGCCUCGCAGAAUGGCCAUUUACAGGCUGUUAAGGUGCUUGUCAACAGUGGCGCGGACUUGAAGGUUACCAGCAACGAUGGAUGGACUCCUCUACACACAGCCUCAAUGAAUGGAUACGAUGGAGUGGUUCAAUUACUCCUUGAAAUUUCGAAAGUGGACCCCGAUAUUCGGGAUAUUGUUGGUCGCACGCCAUUAUUCUACGCCGCUAAAGAAGGGCAUCUUCCAGUGGUAGAGCUCUUACUCUCAAAAAGGGCUUCAUUAAAUGCUCAAGACCGCUACCACUCGACCCCACUUUUUGCAGCUGUUACAAACGGGCAUGAGGGGGUAGUUGAACGUCUAAUCGCCUUACCAGAGUCCCAAGUCACUGCCCAGGACGGCUUCGGCAGAACCUUGAUCUGGUGGGCGACAAGAGGCGGUUAUACAAAAAUCAUUGAGCUUGUUCGCCCAUACUUUCCGAAAGAAGACAUUGAGGUUUCUGAUAUUAAGCCCGUGGUAGGACAUUCUGCGACCAGUUCCAGAUCUUCUCGGUGGUGCGAUGUUUGCACUCGAGAUAUCUUGUCUGAUGGCUACUAUUACCAUUGCGGGGCUUGCUACGAUUUUGAUAUUUGCUUGGAUUGUUUUGAGUCAGAUGCCCAAUGCCUGGAUUCAUCUCACGAGUGGUCUCUCUGCCAACCUGAAGUUCCAACGGCUAAAUAAGAGAAAUGGAUGUGGGUUUCUGUUGCUCAUUGUCCCCUCAUUUGUAUGUACACGUGUUUGUUUCCUUUCAGACAUCUUAUCAAUUAACAGGCAUGGACUAGGUGUUCUUCC